CAACGUCUAUACACAUGGUCCAUGGACAUAUAGCUUGGAAAUACAGUAGCGAUAGUUUCGAUUUAGAUUUGGUUUGAACAAUUGGUUGAAUAGAUAAUUUACCUGGGUGUAGUUUUAAGUUUAUAUUUACUGUAAUAUUAGUCAUGAAUGUGGAACUGCAGAAGCUUAAAGUUACAGCAAGUAAACUCAAGAGUGGCGAUGUUUUGCAAACGAAGAAUAUUGUGGAUACUUUGAUAUUAUCCAAUGAUCAAAAAGAAGAUAAAAAUGUUACAAAAGUUUGUGGUAUAUUUGGACAAUUGAUGUUUCUUUCUGUCAAUAUGGAUCCAAGUGACAGAAAACAAUUGUUAAAGCAUGUAAAGGCCUGCAUACCAUUCUGUGGAUCAGAGUUCACACAAACUAUUGAUGAACAAAUAAGGCUUUUGUUUCCUUCAAAAACUGUUUUACACAUUACGAGUGUAUGGUACCUGUCAGUACUUAUAGAAGAAAUGAAAAUAUCUCAAAAAAUUUCUUUUAAAGUCAUUCAGCAUGUUUUGCCUUGUAUUGUGAAUGGUUUAUGUGAUUCUGAACUGGAUGAAACAAAAUUAUAUUACUUUGUUAAGUUGCUACUGCAGAUUUUGCAGCAUUUCCGAUCAGACCUAACCUGCGUGACUGAAAGAAAUGACAUUGAAACUUUGGGAAUGCUAUCUACCAGAUGUAUAGAAAUAAUGGUGGAUUCCAAGACUGAAUAUCAGGACUUAAUGCAAAUGUGUGCGACUGUUCUUGGGUAUAUGCUCAGCUACUUCAAGGAGAGUAAAAAAGUAUCUAAAGCUUUAACACAGUUACUGAAACCACAGGCGUUACCAGUAGAGGUCAUGCCUAAGGUUUUUAUGGAUGUAGAGAUACCGAACACAAACACCUGUAGUAAUCGAAUGGUAUGGUGUUUAUGUGGAAUCAUGAAAUGCUGCAAACCAUGUUUAAUAUUUGAAGAUACUUCAACGUUGCUACUUGCUUUCCAUUAUAUUGAAUCUUUCUGCGCAACGAGUACAGAAUUCCUGUAUCAGGGUUUUAUUGCUUUGCUCAUAUGGUGGAAAUGCUCUGCUAAACUUGUAAAGUCAAGUGAAUGUUUCUAUGAGAUAUUUGUUUCAGAGGGUGAGGUUUUAUCUAAGUCUUUGGACCUCAUUUGGAAAAACUGGGAUAAUCCUAUUUCAGGGGUUCCUGAUAUCAUGGUACAGGUUUUUAGUUUGUUGCUUGAUUUGAAUAACAUGGUGAAUGGCAGUAAUAAUCUUCCAUCACAACUAUGUGAUCAACUUGUAUCCUCACCUGUAUUUGUGAAAGGUAAAUACGGAUUAUUGCAAAUUCUGGUAUCUAAGUACGGCGCUGACAUAAUUUUGAAGAAUCAGCCAACGUUUUUGGAUGCAAUAAUACCUUGCUUGUCUGCAAAUCAUACUGCACCAGUGGUGUCUAAAGUGUACAAGGCAAUUAUACUAAGUACAUGUGAAGCUUCAGAUUCAAGAGAAUUUGAUUUAAAAGUCUGGGAGAAAGUUGCUGCUUCCAGUCUCAUCAAAGCUUUAUUGUCUCCUGACCCAUUUACCCGACAGCAAGCUUUACAUUUCUGGCUUCCAGUAAACAUAAGUCUCCAUGCAAAUGUGUUUGACAAAACUGUCUGCUUACUAAAACCGAGUACUACGUACAGUGAUGAAGAAAAUAGUUUACGACUCUUUGCAACAAUUGGUGUAAUGAAAGCUGCCAGGAAUAACCAUAUUGUCACAUUUCAAAACAUGGAUCACGAAAUUUUAAAACAAUCCUUAAAAUCUUUCGAUAACGAAACGCGUGGGCUAGCAUUUGCGGUAGUGUGUGGUUCAAAGCAAUCGGAAGUUGUAACAGAUGUAGAAUUCAGUCUACUACGAGAUCAUAUUCAUUUAAACCUAAACAGCGAUUCAAGCACCUUUAGACACGAGUUUAAUUUCGCUAUACGACAACUGCUGAUAAGAGUUCAGUGUACUCUUAUAGCUUCUAUUAAACAGAAUACUGAACAGUCAGCUGUAUAUGUUGACAAAUGUCUCAGUAUUAUUGUUUGGUUGAAAGAACUAUGCCUUUCAUCUCUCCAAACAUCAGCAUCUUAUCAACGCAAACAAACAGUGUUAACUUUGUACGACUGCAUGCUGGGGUUAUUUGCGCUUCAAAAAAAAACUUUGCGAAAAGUGCUGGUCACUCCUGCAGACUUUCAAGUUCUUGUCACGGCACUACAGAAACAAAAAUUGAACCUUCUUUCUCAAAGAUUAGUUGAUCGCCUCUUAUGUUUAUUGGAAGAUUCUGCUCCAGAUAUUCGAGAAUUUUGUUUAAAUCUGUUACUUCAGUUUCCCACAUCUCAUGCUUACAUUAACUGGAAUAAGAUAAACUCCUCUUUCAUGCAGCUGCUGUCAAGCCCAAAGUUCCCAGUAUGCGACUCUGGUUGUUUGCUCACAUAUCUGUAUCUUCAAAAUAUAUGUGCUGAUAAAAAGAAAACCUCAGAUUCUGCUUUUGAUUUCAUCAAAGAUAUUCUUUAUAAGAAUGUUCUUCACCAAUUUGAUUUGUUUAAAUUGAAUCCACUAAAGGCAUCACAGAGUUCUCCCAUGUUUGGCUGGAUUUCUGCUUUAUCUAAAUGCAUUGGUAUGCUUAGCACAGAAAAUGAACAUCGCUCUGUCAUACAUAAAAAAUACUUGCAAAAAGUUUGUUUGUUGAUCCUUGAUAUAUUAAACAGUACAGAAAACAUUAUCAGUUGGAUGCUUGUUAAAAUAUUUGGAUGUAUUGAAGAUGCAGAUGCUGUGACAUCUGCAGAUUUUCAAGAAAUAUCGAAAAGAAUUAAUCAACUUGUCCAACAGCCUGGUAAAAGUGGUGACAAUGUCCUUCUGACUCUGGAGCAUGAAGCUAUUCUGUCAUGUUCAUGGUUAACUUUAAAGCAUUGUUGUUCAUUGAUGACUUCUGCAUCUUCUGUUCUUAUUAAAGCAACUUCUGUUCACCUUGCACUUGAAGCAGGGCAGUACAAGGAUGUAUUGUACGGAGUGUGUGAUGUGUUUGUUCGUGUAUUAUCCACAUGCCGACAUCGUGGUGUAAUAGAAAGUUGCUUUGAAUCCUUUAACGCACUUUGUGUGUCAUUAUAUUCUUCUAGCCAAAGUCAAUAUAUGUCUAUUCCAUCAUCUGUGCUCAAAACUGCUUUAGCUAUUUUUAAGAAUAAUACUGUAGUGGAAGUUCGUGGAGGCACAACUACUCGUCGAUCGGCAGGAAUUCCAUUGAUUGCUGAAGCUGUACUUAGCUCUGCUGUUGCCUCACUUCCAAGCCACAAAAAACUUCUCAAGUCAACAAUGACGGUAUUGCUAAAUGCAGCCAGGGCAAGCUUAGACACUGGGGUCAAAGAUACUGCAGAUAUGCCACAGGUACAUGCUCUGUACAUUAUGAGACACUUAUUUCGGAACACUUCACUUGGCCCAAACAUGGCUGAGUAUUUAUCUCAAUCAUUCAUCUUGGCAAUUAAUUCACUUCGUUCCUCUGUAUGGGUUAUCAGAAAUGCAGCCACGCAUUUAUUGGGGGCAGUUUCUUGCAGAAUGCUGGGCCAGAAACAUACUGAAGAUAGAACUAAUUUUUCUUCUGGAAACUCCUUAACAAUAACAGAAUUCUUUUCAAGAUUUCCAGACCUGCUUGAGUUCAUAGCAUCAAUAUUAAAUUGCAAUUACUUGCCCCAAGAAGAAGAAGGGAGUAAACUUCAAAUUAGAGCAGAAGUUCAUCCUAUUCUGUCAGUUUUGUCAAAGUUGACAUGCCCUGUGAGCAGUGGUAAUAAUAAUGAGUCCUCAGUGGAAAUUAUGGAUGCACUGAUUACCAUGUUUGGUUCUCCUUCAUACUCUAUGCGCAGACUUGCUGUGAUGACUGUGUUAUCUAUUGCAAAAACUUCCCAGGUUCAGAAGUUUACAGAGUUAUAUUGGAAGAGUCUUCCCUGUGAUGAAAUUGUGACAAGUCAGAAAAAUAAACCACAUUUCAGGCAGAAUGAACUACACAGUUGGUUAAUCCUAACCUUGAAUUUAAUGGAUAAAUACACUCACCAGUCCACAGAAAAUAUUGACAACUUUCUCCAAUUGCUCUAUAAAAGAACUUGGCUCAUGGAUUUAAAAUUCAACAGUUGUCCAUUCACAGCUUCAUUAUAUAUUAAAUUGACAAGAAAAGUGUAUGAUAUUGAGUUGACCCAGAAUUUAAAACAUCUCUAUAUGGUUUCUAAAACCGCAACAAAAAUUGUCACAGAAAACAACUCAGUGUGGAUUCAAAGUGUUGGUUAUUCUAAGUAUGUGGAAGAAUCGACUCUAUUAAGUUUACACUUAACCAAUCCUGUAGACUUACAUCAAACAAUUGGUGAUUUGGGGAAAUGUGUAAAGGAUGAUGAACAUACAGGAACAACCAAGCAUUAUCUAUUUCAAUGGUUGUGCAACAAAGUAAAACAAAAGAAUUGGAUUAAUGUAGCAAAAUAUGCACUAUUAUCAUUGUGGUGCACCACUGACACUAAUUGCACUGAAACCAACCAAACAGCAUUGUUAUUAUUUACAACUAUGUUUCAAGACCCAGUCAAUUGUAUACAACACGAUGAAUUCAUGCUUUUCCAGUCGAAACUUUUAUCCUUACAUGAAUCCACUAAGAUCCUUUCAAUUCAGUGUGGACUCAUAAAAGGGCUCUCUGUCCUGAUCUUUCAAAUGAUUUUAUGUCAAAAAUGUGUAGAGGACACUGUUUUAAAUAUUUGGGUAGAUGAGAUAUACAAACACACUUCUACUAACAAAGCACCUGAACCACUCCGUUUAGUAUCAGCAACUGGGUUACAAAUUGCUGGGAAAAAUGUGCUCGCUCAACUUCAGCUGCAUGCAAACCAACAACAGGUUAUGAAGAAAGUAGGAAUGAUUCUUACUGCAACCUUAUCACAUUUGCAAGAUGAACAACCGGAAAUCCGAUCUCCUGCCUGUGCAUUUGUCACUCAUGUCACCCAGCAUGAUCUAUUUAUUAAGUUGCACCAUAAUACUGCAACCGAGGGACUACUUCAGGUUAUUAUUGAACAGUUUCCAUCUGAUAUGCAAGUUGUUUCUGCAUUGAUAAGCUUCAUGUGCGAUGUACAAGUUCCAAAACAUGCAAGGUGUGACACCGUUGAUUUGUUUGAACAAGAAGAGUUUAACUUGUAUUUGGAACCAGAUUAUUUAGGAAAUGUGUUUCUCCCAUGUAUUAAGGAAUUAAUGGAUGCAAUAAUAAUCAUUCCUCAAAAUUGGAUUAAAACACAACUAGAACUUGCUGCACAUAGAAUGGAACAGCUUUUAAAAUGCAUUGAGAACUUGAGGGAAAAGGCAUACCUACGUUUCAUGAUGUGUACACUUCAUUAUGUCAAAGUUGUUUUACAUGCUUGCAAACUGCAUCUUGGUAAAAAUUUAUAUAUGGAUUUUGGGAGACUACAUCAUGUGAUAUUACAACUUUCAAGGGUAAAUUUGUCAGUUGAUCAACAUGAGUUAGUUCAGACCGUAUUGGCUGAAUCAGCUGCACAUCAUGCUACUCAACUGUGAUCAACUCGUUGAAGGAGUAUCAGUUUAGAAAUUUCUAAGAGAUAAAUUACAUCAAUGAUACAUAAACAAUCUCACCAAUCUCUUGUUUAUAUAUUUUUUAUUACAUGCUUUUAAAUAGAAUAUAAAUAUGACGAAAAAUCGUGUUUGAAACAAACAUUAUAUUUGUGAAGCUGUACUGCCCUUGACGCACAAGCAUGUGAUUUAUCACCGGACACUGUGUAACUGUAAAUGAUGUGACACAAUGGAUUUUACAACCAGAGUCGGUUUACAACGAACGUAUCAUGGUACAAACGUCAGAAUUUGCUCCUGUUUAGUUUUUUUCUAGAUUGUUGACAGUCCAUAGAAAACCCAUUAUUACGAUCUCUAUUCCAAAACAUUUACUUUAUUAUUUUUUUAUCGAAAACAAAAUCAAUUUGAUUGUUUUGAUCGAUUCAGUUUUGCGGACAGUAAAUUUUCGUGAGGCUGUUGGAAGUUAUUUUAACAUAAUGAAUAACUCAGCCUAUGCAAGUAAAAUUGAAAUCGGCAGAAAGCACACCGUUUACAAGAAAGAUGUUUUGCCUAAACGUUUAACACGCGAAAUUAACAAUUCUUUUGACGUCGAUAAUGCAGUUAAGCUACAACUCGAAACUGUCAAGACGCUGAAGCAAGAUGUACAAAAAAGUAGACAGAAGGUUGUACAAGCAAUUGGCAAAAUCCUUUCUGAAAACACGUACCAGUAUGAAUGCUGUGCUAAAUUUGGCCAGGAUUUUCUUGAAGAUAUGCUGAAUUCAAUUACCACUGAAGAAAGUAAGUUACGAAACCAAGUGCUUGGUGAGCAAGAGUCAGUAGAAAUGUUCAAAUGUGCUGUAUCUGAAAGACAAGUCUCAGCUACCCACCUGGAAGCUGCAAGAAUGAAGAGAGAUGAAAUAACUCAAAAUUUGUGUGUAAUAGUUGAAGCAAGAGAAAGGGUGUUUUCAGCACUUGAAGUGUUGCAUGCAGUUUCACCAACCAAGCCGAACAAGCUUGAUUGUACCUUAAAUGAGCUGAAGGCCUCUGUGCUUAAACUGAAAUCAGAUUAUACCUGUGCAAAUGAAUCGUUGAAAGAGGAACUUGAUAAACUACAAACUUACACAAAAUGGCAAAAGACACCAGCUUUAAUGAUUAAGCAGUUAAAAGCUCCCACUCAUACAAAGUCAGCUCCUAAUUUAUCUUUAAUUUAACUUUCGUUUAUUCAUUCGGUUUAUUCAAGUUGUUUAUUGCACUAAUAAUAUAUUUGGUCAUGCAGAUUCUAUAUUUAUGGUGCCAAAAAUUAAAGGUGGCCCAUGGCUAAUCGUCAUAUGAAAAAUAAAUACAUUAUUAGAUCAUGCUAGGUAAACCAUACAUAUUUUGAAACGUUCCACAGAAGCUUUCAUUUACCUAAGGCUAGGUGCAUGUUCAUUUGUUAUUCCAUUGUUUUAAUUGUGUUUUCCUGUAUUUAAUAAUGUUUAACAUUGUGCUCCCUUUUGUUUAUUAUUCUUUAUAUAUGACUGUCAUGUUGAACUUGCAACUUGUAUAACCCAUAACCUUCAUAUUGAAUUUUUUUGUCAGUUCCAACCAUGUGCACUUUCUAUAAGCCCACAUUAUUUUAAACUCUUUUCCACUUUCA